GAAGAGGUACUGGUUGGCGUACCAGACGGCGCAGAAGUAGGUGCCGGCGUCGGCGGGUUUGACGUUGCCGAUGGUGAGGCUGAAGGUGUUGGUGUCGUGCUCCAGGCUGGCGAUGAAGCGCUCCGAGAUGCCGACCCCGUACGCGGGCUUGCUGUCCCCGGCCCGGUGGCUCAGCAGGAAGAUGGGGCCCCACCCGGGCGGCUGGUGGUACCAGGACAGGACGUGGGUGGUGAUGUCGCUCCCCAACAUCUGGCAGUGGAGCCGCGGGAUCUUCUCAUCCACCACGUGGGACGGAGACGGCUGGGGGCCCAGGGACAAGCCAGGAUACAAACUCCCCCACGGGGCCCAGUCCCAGCCCCCAAGUCCGGACGCAGCCGUGAUGCAGCUCGGUGCCCUGCUCUGCCUGCUGCUGGCCCCGGGGGCCAUGCUGGGGGGCCAGGCCAAGGCGCCCCCCUCCCGGCCCUACAACCAGGUCAUUGUGGUGCCCAAUGGGGCCCCGCGCGGGGUGUGGGGGCCUGUGGAGAUGUGCCCUGAGGGCAGCUACGCCAAUGGCUUCAAUUCGAAGGGCAACGCGCCAGGGGAGGACAACACGGGGCUGAACGGGAUCCGUCUGCACUGUUCCGACGGCACCACCAUCCAGUCCAGCGUGGGAGCGUGGGGCUGGUGGCAGAGGGCCCGGUACUGCCCCCGGGGCUACCUUCGCGCCUUCUCGCUGGGGGUGCAGCCGCGGCAGGACGCCAGGGACGACGUGGCCGCCACCAGCCUGCGCGUGGCCUGCUCCGACGGGGAGCUGCUGGCCGGCGACGCCGGGGACCGGGAGGGGCCCUGGAGCCACCCCUGCCUCUCUGGCUCCGUCUGUGGCCUCCAGACCCGGGUGGAGGAGCCGGGGGGCCAACGGGGGGCCAACACGGCCCUCAACGACUUCCGUUUCUUCUGCUGCCUGCCCUAG